GGGUUAGCAAAAUGAUGCAGAAGGCCGUUAUUGGUAGCAAUGUUUUGAAAUGGGACGCUGAUUUAGGAAGCGUUAUAUUGAGCUUGGGAUUGUGAAAAUAUUUUUGUCACUGAACAUAGAGAUAAAUGAUGACCCAAUGCUAAAUUAUUCUUCUUGUUUUUGUCUGUUUCUCAAAAAAAAAUUAUGGUGGCCAAGAAUGUAUAUAUAUUAUUUUUAAUAGUGGCAAUAUACGGUACGACUUGUCAUGAACUGUACGUGAACGAAAACGUCGUUAAAGAAGAAAUUGCCGCACUUAACAAUGAAAUCACCAGUGAUGAAAUUUCUAAUGAAAUAAAUUCUCAUAUAAGGUCUGCCGAUGUGGAAGUUACUUCUGUGAACAAAUUUAUCGAUGAACUGCACAAGCAGUUUGAGGAAGAACAAGCUGAUAUUGCUAAGGAAAGUUUGGAAGUGAUUACUGAAGAUGUUGGUACCCUUGGUGAUAUCGAGGUCCUGACCACUGCACAGGGUGUGCAGCAAGAAAGUGGAAACAUCACAGCCAAUGCUACAGACUUGCCAGAUGAUGCAUCAAAUUCAACAUCCACCCUUGUUUCUUGUACUACUGGGAGAGAGACAGUUGGCCAGCCUGUAGAGCUGGUGAACUCUACAAGGUUGCUGAAUCUUCUGAUAAAUGAACCAAAUGUAACAAAUCGACAUUCAACAGCAGACUGUGUUGCACUCCUGUUCUAUGCCCGGUACUGCCCAUUCAGCAGUAUGGCUGCACCUCAUUUCAAUGCUCUCUCUCGUGCAUUUCCAGAUAUUAAAAUGGCAGCUGUUGAUGCAAUGAAACAUCAUAGUUUCAACACCCAGUACGGAAUUGUUGGAGUCCCAACUGUGAUGCUGUUUCAUAAUGGAAGGCCAGCUGCCAAGUUCAAUGACUCAGAAUAUACCUUGGAGAUGUUCAGUAGAUUUAUAACAAAAUAUACAGGUAUGGAGCCACAUGGCAAGCUGUUUGUGACAUCGGCAGAUUUUGGUGGGCCAGUGCCAAGUGUCCCCAUCAAAGAGACUGACUACUGUCUAGCCUUGUCAUGGAUUUUCAUACUAGUUUGUGGAGUUUAUUUCUUCAGCAAAUCCACAUGGUGGCGCUGGAUAGUGGAGACAAUUCAGAACACUUGGAGGGAAGCAGAGGCUCAGCAUGAACAUGUGGAAUAAGAAGCAAAGAAGCACAGAUGAUCUGCAUUAUGCAAAAGGAGCUGAGAUCUGUAGUGAAACUAAAAGAUUCCCUAGUUGAAGUUCAUAAGCCAACACACUCAAGUUCAGGCAUCUGAUGCUCUACUGUGAUAUAAGACACAAUUGUUAGGUUUGUAUGAAAAUGCUGUGAUCCAAAGUUGCAUAAUGGAUUCCAGUUAAUAAUUACUAUUGCUAGUAAUUCAUUAUGCACUGAGAUUGGUUUCAUGUUUUAAAAUGGGUGUGAAAAUUCCACUCAUUACUUGCUUCAUGCAAAUGUGCAUGCACGUCCAUAAGGAAACUGGUCCUGGUAUAUGAAGUUUGGGCCUUGUUAUGGACAUUAGUCUUCGCUUCAUCAUAUCCAAUAAUUUAACUAUUUCCUACCCUUUCUAUUUCCGGUCUCACUUGUACCAGCUAUGGAUUUGUGUGAAAAUUAAGAAAACAUUUGGAAUGGGAGUCCAUAGACUGCACACAUCUGUUGUUCCUAUAUGUGAACUACUACAAAAGAUGUUAAAGAACAUAAAGGGCACAACAAUAUAGAACAUUCAGCAUACAAUUACAAUGUGGCAGGAAAUUUGAAAGAUUGGUGGCAGAAAGCUUCGGUCAGUGGACCUCUAUGGAAAAAUUAUGAUGGACACUAGUUAGUUAUUGGAGAGGGUGGGUUUCCCCAUGCACUGAGACCUGUAUUGGUCCAUUAUGCUUAAUGAUGGACACUAAAUAUAAUGACAAGUUUCUCAUGGUUUCUUUCAGUCCUUACAUGCAAAUUCUGCGAUAAUAUAUCAAUUAGACCACAAGCAUUUCUUUCCAAAUUAUCAGUAAUCCUAACAUUCAAUUCUGCAUACUGACAGCAUCAUAAAAUAAUCAUCCAAAAUACAGAAAUACCUUAAAUAAAAAUUUAACACUUUGAUAAUUGAGCUCAAACCAAAGAAACUGAGCCCUCAAUGAAGGAAAACCUUAAGUAUAUACAAAGUGAAUUUGUAUCUUAUAUGGGAUGAGAUUUUAUGCAGAGACGUUUUUUCUUUACUGUAAUGUCACUGUAAAAUACUUCUGAGUGAAUUUUAUAUGUAAAUAUAUUACACUAAAAUUCUGCAUUGA